AACAUGAUGUGGAUUUUGUGCUUCAUCUCGAGUGUAGUAGCCAGUCGAUAUAUUUUAGUUGUUUCAGGCGACUAUAUUUGUAUCUGUAGCAAUGGUCAAAGGAAUGUCAUUUGUGAUUCGAUGUCAGCAAACACAACUAUUGUUGGUCAUCUUGAGAACAAUAGCUGCGCUAUUCAGGCAAACUACGUUCUGGACAAAAGAACAAAAGCUUGGUAUGCCAUCAUGUUCCACGAUCAAGUACGUUUUGUGCAUAAAGGCUCGUACACAGAAGAGCGACGUUGUACUGGGAGUCCGUUAGAACACGGCGUAACGACAUCAACACUAGUCAACACAACGAAAGCUGAACACUCGUAGGAGAGUCAUCAUACACAGAGUACAACUCCUC